UUGUCGCCAGGAAGAGAGAGAGAUACACAAGGAAAGAAAGAAAGAAAGAAAGAAAGAAAGGAGGAAGGGAGGGAGGAAGAGAAAGCCAAACACCUGAAGCUGGAUUGCAAGAAUCUCUCCUCCUUUGCUGUUGAUUUGCAAGAACUUUACGCACAAAGAGCCCGAGAAAAGAGCUCAGCCGAAGGCUCUUCUUUCCUCCUUGAAGCCCAGGCUUUGGGCUGGGUUUUGGGAAAGGCCCUCGGCCCUUUUGGACUCCGUUUUGCCCCCCUUUUGGGGACUGAAUCUCUUGUUUUGGGGGCGCAAGGAGAGCAGGAGGAGAGAGGCUGUAAAAUGCUCCUCUGCCGUGAGGCGCUCGGCUCCAGCUGCUUCCGACGGCGUUCGUCCCGAAAGGAGGAAACCAAUCGGAUCUGAAGCCCUACAGAAAAGAGCAAGGCGGGUUUUAAGGUUCCUGCUUCUUCCUCUUUGACCGUCCAGCCUCCCCUCCGUCCUCCGUCCUCCGUCCUCCGUCCUCCUGGAUUUACGCAGACGAGUGGAGAACCAUGAACUGAAUGCCAGGCAAAUGUCUGCUUUUGCUUUGUCAUUUUAAAACAACCCUCUUUACCUGGUAUUAUAUUUUUGGCUUCUGAAGAAGAGCUCUUCUGGGGUUUUUGGAUGACCGUGCUUUGAAGAACAAGGGUUUUUUUCGUCUUCGUUUUUUAUUUUGACUUGAAGAACAACCGCCUCACCUUCGGGAGAGUGAGGAUCUCAGGAGAACAUGGGGAGGAAAAAGAUCCAAAUCCAGCGGAUUACGGACGAGAGGAACCGGCAGGUGACAUUCACCAAGCGGAAGUUUGGGCUGAUGAAGAAGGCCUACGAGCUGAGCGUCCUCUGCGACUGCGAGAUCGCCCUCAUCAUCUUCAACCACUCCAACAAGCUCUUCCAGUACGCCAGCACCGACAUGGACAAGGUGCUCCUCAAGUACACCGAGUACAACGAGCCCCACGAGAGCCGGACCAACGCUGACAUCAUUGAGACCUUAAGAAAGAAAGGUUUUAACGGUUGCGACAGUCCGGAGCCGGACGGGGACGACUCCAUUGACCAGAGUCCGCUGAUGGAGGACAAAUACCGCAAAGCCAGCGAGGACCUGGACAUCCUCUUCAAGCGCUACGGCUCUGCAGUUCCAGCUCCCAAUUUCGCCAUGCCAGUUACGGUUCCCGUGUCCAACCAGAACAGCCUCCAGUUCAGCAACCCGGGCGGCUCUUUGGUGACCCAGUCGCUAGUGACCUCUUCGCUGACCGACCCCCGGCUCCUCUCGCCGCAGCAGCCCUCCCUCCAGCGCAACACCGUCUCCCCAGGACUCCCCCAGAGACCCGCCAGCGCAGGGGCCAUGCUGGGAGGAGACCUCAACAACACAAACGGUGCCUGCCCAAGCCCAGUAGGGAACGGCUACGUCAGCGCCAGGGCCUCCCCGGGUCUCCUCCCGGUCUCCAACGGGAACAGCCUUGGCAAAGUCAUCCCCGCGAAGUCUCCGCCGCCCCCCACGUCCUCCCAUGGCGCCCAACUGGGGCCCAACAGCCGCAAGCCGGACCUGCGUGUCAUCACCUCCCAAAGUGGGAAGGGGCUCAUCCAGCAUUUGACAGAGGAUCAUCUGGAUCUGAACACACAGAGGCUUGUCGUCUCCCAAGCGACCCACUCUUUGACCACGCCGGUUGUUUCGGUGGCUACCCCGAGCCUCCUGACGCAGGGGUUGCCCUUCUCGGCCAUGCCAACAGCAUACAACACAGACUACCAACUGACCAGCGCAGACCUCUCCUCCCUGCCGGCAUUCAGUUCACCCGCUGGCCUCUCCCUGGGGAACAUCUCUGCCUGGCAACAACAGCAGCAGCAACAACAACAGCAACAACAGCAGCAGCAGCAACAACAACAGCAACAACAACAGCAGCAGCAUCUGGUUCCUGUAUCCCUAAGCAACUUAAUACAAGGGACCCACCUCUCCCACGCCACCACUUUGACCGUCAACACCAACCCCAACAUCAGCAUCAAGUCGGAGCCCAUCUCGCCCAACCGGGAGCGCAACACGGCCACCCCGCUCUCGGCGUUCCCCCACCAGCCCCGACAUGAGGCCACCGGACGCUCGCCCGUGGACAGCCUCAGCAGCAACGCCAGCUCCUAUGAGGGCAACGAGCGAGAAGAGCAGCCCCGGGCCCCCGACUUCGGCUCCUCCCUCGGCCUCCUGAGACCCUCCUCUGAGGCCGAUGGCGAGAACCCUUCGGUCAAACGCAUGCGCUUGGACGCUUGGGUAACAUAACCUCCUCGCAUGCAGCGCAUGGCCCCCAUUUCGGGGCUGUCCUUGGCCUCACGCACGCGUGGGAGUAAGCGGACGACACGGGAGGG